AUGAUCCCGAACCCGAAGCAGAGGAUGAAGGCGGCGAGCGACGGCCACGAUUUGAUUAUAGCGCGCAACACAGCCCUAACGGUUAACUGGAUUUACACACGCACACACAAAACUCCGCACGUGCCACCGAUUAUGGACCCCUUUGGGAUGGGGACUAGUAUAAAUCAUACUCCCGGAACCCAGGAUCUCAAUAAAGUUGGAGAUAAUCCUACAGGUAAUUCGGUGUUUGACGCAUCUCAGUAUGCCUUUUUUGGGAACGAUGUUGUGGAGGAGGUUGAGCUUGGUGGAUUGGAAGAGGAAGAUGAGAUAUUGUCUUUCACUGGAAUUGGGGAAGACUUUUCAUUUGAUAAGGAAGAGGCUGAAGUUUCUAGACCUCUGCCUGACGUUGAUGAUCUUGCUAGUACUUUUUCAAAGUUGAAUAGAGAUCCUGAUGUAUAUAGAAACACCGGACCAAUCGCUGGUAGACGAUCAAGACAGAAUUCUUUAGUGCCCGAAUGGGCUCAUGGAGAGGAGUUGCCAGAUUGGUAUGGCCAGCAGCCGAUAUUGGACUCUAACUCCAUCAAAGAUGACAAGGCGUGGCCGGCACAGCCUUUUUCGGCUCUAGACCCUAACAGAACAACACCGUAUCCCGAACCACUACAUCAGCUGCAGCAAAACCACAAUCAACAACAGUUUCCCAGUGAACCAAUUCUUGUCCCGAAGUCACCUUUUGUUUCAUACCCUCCUCCAGGCAGCAUAUCACCAGAUCAGCGUCUAGGACACCCAAAUAUACCAUAUCAUUCUGCUGGGCCUCAAAUGGGAUCGCCAAACUUUUCUCAGUUUCCACCUUUGCAGCCCCAGUUGCCUGGCAUGCAUCAUGGAUCUCCCCAGCGCACUGUAAACAUGCCUCAGUUUCGUCCUGCUCUUCCUCUGAACAACCGCCCUCCGGCUCAAUGGAUGAAUCGUCAAAAUAUGCAUCCUGGUGAUAGUUCCGGGAUCAUGAAUAACGCGAUGCUACAACAGCCGCCUCAUCAGAACAGUUUGAUGCCCCCUCAGAUGCAGGGAUCUCAGAAUAAUAGGUUACAACAUCCAAUGCAGCCUCCUCCUGGGCCUAUGCCAGGAAUGCAGCCUCAGUUAUACAAUCCCCAUCUCCCUCGAUCCUCAUCCUCUGGAACUUAUGAUGGAAUGCUUGGGUUUGUUGAAUCAAGACCAGGAUCGGCUCAAGGCAACAGACCGAACAUGCGUUUUAACCAGCAAGGCUUUGAUGGUGGCAUUCAGAGGAGACAUAGUGGGUGGCCUCCGUUCCGGUCUAAGUAUAUGUCAGCCGACGAGAUAGAGAAUAUACUGAGAAUGCAGCUUGCCGCUACACACAGCAAUGAUCCUUACGUCGAUGAUUACUACCACCAGGCCUGUCUUGCUAAGAAAUCUGCAGGCGCUAAACUGAAACAUCAUUUCUGCCCAAACCAUUUGAGGGACCUCCAUCCACGUGCACGAACAAACAGUGAGCCCCAUGCUUAUCUUCAGGUUGAGGCUCUUGGCAGAGUUCCUUUCUCUUCGAUCCGCAGGCCUCGUCCCCUGCUUGAAAUGGACCCUCCAAAUUCAGCUAAAUCUGGUAACCAGGAGCAGAGAGCGACUGAUAAGCCCCUUGAUCAAGAACCUAUGCUUGCAGCUAGAGUGUACAUUGAGGAUGGUCUUAAUCUCCUCCUUGAUAUUGAUGAUAUAGAUCGUUUCUUGGAGUUUAACCAGCUUCAGGACGGAGGAAACCAGUUGAAACAAAGACGGCAAGCUGUGUUGGAGAGCCUCGCGGUGUCACUUCAGCUCGUUGAUCCCCUUGCCAAGAACGGUCAAAGCCGGUCUCAGGAUGAUUUUCUCUUUCUAAGGAUUAUCUCUCUUCCAAAGGGACGGAAGCUACUUAUAAGGUAUCUACAGCUAAUUUUCCCCAGCAGUGACCUAAUGCGGAUAGUUUGCAUGGCUAUUUUCCGUCAUUUAAGGUCUCUGUUCGGAGUCCUCUCACCCGAUUCCGAUAUCGCCAAAACGACGAACAAGCUUGCAAAUGUUGUAAACUUAUGCAUCCACAACAUGGAUCUAGGACCGAUCAGCGCAUGUCUAGCAGCCGUUUCUUGCUCCUCCGAGCAGCCACCGCUCCGUCCUUUAGGCAGUCCUGUUGGAGACGGAGCUUCCACGGUGCUGAAAUCAACGCUGGACAGAGCUUCCGAGCUGCUCAGGGCUAAUAACUUCAACAACGCAGGCAUGGCUCUGUGGCGCGCCUCCUUUAAUGAGUUCUUUAACCUUCUGAUGAAGUACUGCGUGAGCAAGUACGACAGCAUCAUGCAGAAUCUGAACUCGCAAGUGCCACCACAGUUUGCUACCGAGAUAUCUGACGCAGCUGCGCAAGCCAUUGUCCGCGAAAUGCCUAUUGAGCUUCUACGUUCGAGUUUCCCACACAUUGAUGAUCAGCAGAAGAGAAUACUAAUGGAGUUCUUGAAACGAUCCAUGCUCGGAAGCCAGAAAACCGAGCCGGUCUUAAGUUGA